GACCGACUCUCGGAUGAUUGGCAAUGGGCUCGAACUUCAUCCGGUUUCUUGCGUCAUCUUUGUUUUCUUUUGUUGCGUUGACAUCGACAGCAGCCGCCUCAGAUAGCUCUUGUCGCGUAUUGUGCAGCCACUCCUCCCAGCAGGGCGCAGCCCAGACAGGGUAUCCUUUCUUUCUCGCAAAGCCUCUCAUGUCCGAGAGGACACGUGUCGGGGGUGCUGUCUUGAAUUUGAGUGCCUUGGCCAUCUCGGCUGCGAUGGUUUUGAAGUCCCUUGCGGAGACGUCCCUUCCAAAGGCGAAGAGCAACCCUUCUGGCCCGGUGAUCUUGACUUUGGGCUGUCUCCUCUUGGUGAUCUUGGUGCUCUUCAUGCUCAUGAUGCUCUCGGGCUGCGGUUGAGUAGUCCUGGCUGGUUUGGCUCGCUUCCUCUCCAGUUUGUUCUGCUCUUUUACGAGCUCUUCCGAAAGGCAGUCUCGGUAUUUGUGCUUGUAAAUCUUGAUCGCGUUCUGAAUCCACCGUUUAUUUCUCGGCAGUCCGCUGAACAAAUGGUCCUCGUUGAUUCUCUUUGCCACGAAUACUUUGGAC